AGAAUCUUAGACCAGUGUCUUUACGUCUGCUGUUCCGGGACUUUACAUUCUAUAAUUUAUCGGUUGUGUACAGUAUUGGAAGAGCUUUGUCAGAAAGUACCUCUACAUUUGAUUCAAACGCACAGCAGGACACGCCCCUUGGUCUGGACAGCUUUGACUCCACUUCCAACUUGGUUUGAUCCUUUUCACAGUAACGCCAUGUGGAAGAUAAGGUAACUUCCUGCACUAGGCCCCUUUGAACACUGACCUGAUCUCCAAUGUCUGAAGACGGCGACUCCAAACGAUACCUGUACGCGGCCCUAGAGGGGCGGGAGAGGAACCGAGAGAGGAGUGGCUUCCAGAGGGAGAACGCCUCCGCCUGUGGCUCCAUGGCACAGCUACACUGCAGGGGCGGUUUUGGGGAGGGACGGGGGCGGGACGGGGUGGAGAUGGAGACUGAGUUAGAAUUGGCCUCUGAAGGGAGUGACAGCAGUCACGACCACUCUGCCCCGCCCGGCCCAACCCAUGGCGACAGGGAGCGUCAACAUUCCCCGCUGCACGAGGACGUGGAAAUGGGCGGGAGCGGAAGUGGGACAGAGUCCCAUGGCAACGAGUCCCAUGGCAACGAGUCCCAUGGCAACGAGUCCCAUGGCAACGAGUCGGUUGGCAGCUCCAACGGCAACAGCAAGGACUCUGCCCUACUGGAGUCGUCGGGUAGCAACAAGAGCUCUAACUCCCAUAGCCCAUCACCCCCCUGUAGUUCCAAUGCCUUCAGUCUGGUGAGCUCAGAGCAGGACAACCCUUCGACCAGCGGCUGCAGUAGCGAACAGUCUGCCAAGGCCAAGACGCAGAAAGAGCUGUUUAAGACCGUCAAGGAGCUGAAGAUGCACCUGCCCUCCGAGAAACAGAGCAAGAGCAAGGCCAGCACGCUCAACACCCUGAAAUACGCCCUCCGCUGUGUCAAGCAGGUCAAAGCCAAUGAGGAGUACUACCAGAUGCUGAUGAUCAACGACAGUCAGCCUCCAGGUCUUGAUGUGUCCUCUUACACCAUCGAGGAAAUCCACAGCAUCACCUCAGAGUACACCCUCAAAAACACUGAUAUUUUCGCUGUCGCCGUGUCGCUCAUCACGGGCAAGAUCGUGUACAUCUCAGACCAGGUGGCGUCGAUCUUGAACUGUAAACGAGAGGUGUUUACCAACGCCAAGUUUGUGGAGUUCCUCAGCCCGCAGGACGUCAGUGUGUUCUACAGCUUCACCACGCCCUACCGCCUGCCGUCCUGGAGCAUGUGCACCGGAGCAGAAUCAUCUCCCACAGAGUGCAUGCAGGAGAAAUCCUUCUUCUGUCGUAUCAGCGGCGGCAAGGAGCGCGAGGGCGACCUGCAGUACUACCCGUUCAGGAUGACUCCGUAUCUGAUGAAGGUGCAGGACUGCAGCCUGGCCGAGGAGCAGUUCUGCUGCCUCCUGCUGGCUGAGAGGGUGCACUCCGGGUAUGAGGCCCCCAGAAUCCCCUCUGACAAGCGCAUCUUCACCACGACACACACGCCCAACUGUGUGUUCCAGGAUGUCGACGAGAGGGCUGUUCCCUUGUUGGGCUACCUCCCCCAGGACCUGAUAGGAACCCCCGUGCUGCUCAACCUCCACCCCAACGACCGGCCCCUGAUGCUGGCUAUCCACCGCAAGAUCCUGAAGUACGUGGGGCAGCCCUUCGACUGCUCGUCCAUCCGCUUCUGCACGCGGAACGGCGAGUACAUCACCCUGGACACCAGCUGGUCCAGCUUCGUCAACCCCUGGAGCCGCAAGGUGUCCUUCGUCAUCGGACGCCACAAAGUCCGCAUGGGUCCUGUGAACGAGGACGUGUUUGCAGCUCCAGCCUUCACUGAGGGGAAGAUCAUGGACUCAGACAUUCAGGAAAUGACUGAGCAGAUUCACAGACUGCUGCUGCAGCCGGUUCAUAACAUUGGCUCCAGCGGUUAUGGUAGCCAUGGCAGCAACGGUUCCCACGAGCAGCUGAGCCUGUCCAGCGAAAGUAACGGGACCGCCACCGGGAACGCAGUGGAGGAGCCGGGCAAGGCCAAGCCGAGAACCUUCCAGGAGAUCUGUAAAGGGAUCCACAUGCAGAAGACCCAGGACCAAGCCCUAUACCUGUCCUCUCCCUCCUCAUCCCCCUCCAAACAUGAACAGAGGAAGAACGCUGAAACAGGCGUCCAGCGGGGUCCUCUGGCGCGUCCGAAGGACGCGGCGCGGGACGGCACCACCGCCACGGUGGAGGAGCUCAUCUGCAAAGACCAGAGCGUCCACUCCUACCAGCAGAUCAGCUGCCUGGACAGCGUCAUCAGGUACCUGGACAGCUGCAACAUCCCCAUCACGGUGAAGAGGAAGUACCAGUGUUCGUCCAACACCACGUCGUCCAACUCGGACGAAGACCGGAAGGGCUCGGACGACGGCAUGCAGGGGCCGCAAGAGUCUCUCAUCCCGGAGGCCAAGGCAGAGAGCCAGUGCAGCUACAGCAGCACCAUCGUCCACGUCGGGGACAAGAAGCCCCAGCCAGAGUCUGAGAUCAUUGAGGAUGUGACCGAAAGCCCCGCCCCCCCGCCACUGCCCGUCAGCGUGGCGUGCCCGCCGCCUCAGGAGAAGGAGGCCUAUAAGAGGCUGGGCCUGACCAAGCAGGUGCUGGCUGCUCACACCCAGAAGGAGGAGCAAGCCUUCCUCAGCCGCUGCCGCGAGCUCCGCCCUGCCAGAACCUCCCAGAAGGACUGCUCCACCCACCUGCGCAAGCAGAGAGGAAACGCCAACGCCGACCGUGUCAGGGGUUCCACCAAACCGGGAGAGGCUGCCAGACCCGAGAACGCCACCAAGAAGGGCGGCCGCAACAGGAAGUCAAAGAAGCCGCGCAUGAGGCGCCCGGAUUCGUCAGACAGCGCUGUCUCCCACCGCAAGCCCCGCCCUCCUCUUCAGGGCCUCAACCAAACGUCCUGGUCCCCUUCGGAAGCCUCCCUGUCCGCUUUCAGCGUGCCCUAUCCCACCAUACUGCCAGGAUACCCUCUCUCGGUGUACCCGUCUGGCCCGGCACCCCCUAACCAACCCUCUCACCCCGACCCCUCUCUCUCCACCCAAACCAGCCAAGCUCAACCCAAACUCAACGCCACUCCAUAUCCUGCCCCCAUAGUCACCCCUGUGGUAGCAUUGGUUUUGCCCAACUACCUGUUCCCCCAGAUUGGACAACUAGGGCAAAUGGGGGCUGCCCCAAACGAGCCGGCCUACACUUCCCAUCAGCCCUUCCCAACCCCACCCACCUACACUACCCAGCAGCCCUUCCCAACCCCUCAAGAGGCCUACACUACCCAUCAGCCCUUCCAAGCCACUCAAACAGCCUACCCCAGUCAGCAGCCUUUCCACACUCAACCUGCCUACACUACCCAGCAGCCCUUCCCGACCCCUCAAACGGCCUACUCUACCCAUCAGCCCUUCCAAGCCACUCAAGCAGCCUACUCCAAUCAGCAGCCUUUCCAGACCCAACCCACAUUCACUACCCAGCAGCCCUUUCAAACCCAACCCGCCUACACUACCCAGCAGCCCUUCCCUGUACAGACCCAGUUCGUCCCCCAGGCCAGCUAUCCCCCCCAGGCCUUCCCAUACAGCCUGGCCCCUGAGCCCUCCAAAGUCCCCACCAUGGAGCCCACAGAGGGGGUUGCCUCACGCUCCUCCACCCCUGCCUCCGGGGGCCACGAGCCAGCCGCCUCGCCCCCGCUGUUCGAGUCCCGCUGCAGCUCCCCCCUGCAGCUCAACCUGCUCAGCAUGGAGGAGACCCAGAGGUCUGUGGAGAGGCAGGACAGCUUGGCGCCCCCUUGUGGAGCGGCAUUGAACAGCACGACCACAGCGGCGCCCGUGGGGCCCACGGGGGAGAACAGCGGGGCUACUGUCACGGCCUCAGAGGACCUGGAGCAGCUGGCGGGAGAUGAUGCCCACAGCGAGGCCCCCUCGUCCUCCUCAGACCUGCUGGACCUCCUGCUGCAGGAGCAGGAGGACUCCGGCUCCUCCGGCUCCGUGGGCUCCGGGUCCAACCGCUGUGGGACGUCCGCCAGCGGCGCGUCAGGAAGCAGAACGGGGAGCAGCAACACCAGUAAAUACUUUGGCAGCGUUGACUCUCUGGAGAACGACCCCAAGAUGAGGGCCCUGACAGAGACGGGCUCCAAGAUGACCCUGGACGAGGAGGACAACUUCAAUUACGCCCUCCAGGAACCCAUGUGGCGCCUCAUGUCCAACACCGACGAGAAUGUCAUGAUGACCUAUCAGAUGCCCUCGCGGGACAUCCAGAAGGUUCUGAGAGAUGACAAGGAGCGCCUGCAUCAAAUGCAGAAGAGCCAGCCUCGUUUCUCCUCGCCCCAGCGGAGAGAGCUGGUGGAGGAGCACACCUGGAUGAGGAGGGGGGGCCUGCCCAAGGCCAUCGACGUCAAGGAUUGUGUGUACUGUGAGGACGACUCCUCUGCCCCCCCCAUGGAGGAGAACCUUCCGGACAUGGAGACCCAGGGUUUGGGAGGAGCGCCUCCGCAGAAAGACCACCUCCCCCAGACCACGACAGCAGCCUCUCGCCCAGACCCAGACUCUGUCACCUAGCGACUCUGUCACCUAGCGACUCUGUCACCUAGCGACUCUGUCACCUAGCGACUCUGUCACCUAGCACCCUCUCACCAGUAGAGGGCGCUUGUCUGCUGGUGGACCAGCGGACCCCAACACUUUACCUAAACACACAUAAACAUACACACACACUGAAGAUGUGCAGAUGUGAACACUCCCACAACAGUUCCAGGGUUGUGCACAAAAGACAACUUUGACCCAAAAUUAGCAUAAGUAUUAUGAUGGCCAAGAUGCUGUUUGGUGUGUGCGUGCGAGAGAGAGAGAGAGAGAGAGAGAGAGAGAGAGAGAGAGAGAGAGAGAGAGAGAGAGAGAGAGAGAGAGAGAGAGAGAGAGAGAGAGAGAGAGAGAGAGAGAGAGAGAGAGAGAGAGAGAGAGAGAGAGAGAGAGAGAGAGAGAGAGAGAGAGAGAGAGAGAGAGAGAACAACUGAUUUGCAGUACUCACAGGGCCCAUCAGAGGGUAGUAGUAUCUAUGUGCAGUCAUCCCAAGUCAUCGGUAUGUGGACCACACAGGUCAACCAAAGACAAGAAGCUGUUGACAGUUCAGGCUCUCGUCUUACCCUGGUCCCUCAGAUAGCUGUGACAAGCAGUUAUCCACUGGUACUUCUCUACUCCUGUAUUUAUUUUGCUUUACAUAUUAUAUAUUACAAAUAUUUUUGAUACACCAAAGCCAAAUUCAUGCAUUUCCCCAACUUGACUUUGCUCUAGAGCUGCAGCUGAACCUUGUAAAAUGUUCAAAUGUACACCAGUUCUUGUCUUGGUCUGUGGGAAUGUCCUGUUAGACAGGUGUUGCAGAAGUUCUCAACUUAAAGGAAAUGUGAACUUGGUUUUAUAAAAUGUGUGUAGUGUUGAGCUUGCCUGUUCGUUUGAAAGUCCUAGUAUUGGAAGGCCAGUACUUCUCAUUUGGACAAUUUUCUAAAUACUUCAGUUGAAGUCUUUUUCUUUAACCCCUGUAACCUCAAUUCUCUUGUAGCAUUUACAGAUUGUAUUAACUUUUCAAAUAUUGUCUUUAUAUUGUUCUAUAAGGCUGAUUGCACAAGAUACCAGUCUUUAAAUGAGAAAAAUAAGCAAAGCAUCACUGCCUGAGCUUUUGUCACUGUUGUUGUCGUUUUGUUGUAAAAGUGGCAUUCAGUUUUUUUGGGUCCAAAGAUGUGAAGGUUACAGUUAUGUGGUAUUUUACAUCACUACUCAAAGACACCAGCACCGAUUGUAAUGAUCGAACACCAGAAUUACAUACAUACAGUAUGUAGGAAAUACACUAUCUGUUUUUAGGAAAUGAGGAACCAUAAUAUCCAAAACAGUAGUGGGAACUAUAGUAAUCGGUGCUAGAUAUUAACUGGGAAGCUUUCAAGUGGUGCUGGAUAUUUACAUUACAUUUACAUUUAGUCAUUUAGCAGACGCUCUUAUCCAGAGCGACUUACAGUAAGUACAGGGACAUUCCCCCGAGGCAAGUAGGGUGAAGUGCCUUGCCCAAGGACACAACGUCAGUUGGCAUGACCGGGAAUCGAACUGGCAAGCUUCGGAUUACUAGCCCGAUUCCCUCACCUUAAUAUUAACUGAUAUUAACUGGGUCAGAUCAGGUGGUGCUGGAUAUUAACAGGGUCAGAUCAGGUGGUGCUGGAUAUUAACUGGGUCAGAUCAGGGGACAGCAGGAUGCCAUCUGGACCAAGUGCAUGUCACUGGCUUCUUACAUUUCGUCUUUACAAUAUUUUAUGUCUGAAGAUCAUAUGAACAAUGUACUUAUUUUCAUUCAUUAUUUUUCUAUUCGUCAUAUUUUCUUGUGUGUCUAAUUGUCUAUUGAACAGCUCAAGUGUCAUUGGAGACCUAUGAGAAUACCAAGUCAAGUUACUGUAAAAAGUGAUUUCACCGAGCAUGGAUGUACUGUAUAAUAAGACUGGGGCUAAACUGCAAUUGACAGAGAUGAGAGAUUUCAUCUUUUGUCGUAUUUUUUGUGCAAAAAAAACCUUUGACUUAACUGCGUUCAUAUUGACAGGUAGAAUAGCUGAUGCUCUCAUGGCAUGUGAAGGAUUUCACAUGUAUGUAUUGAUAAACCUACAAGUUUGUUAUCAUUGAUUGAUCAGGCAUUCUGAAUGUGCUUACAAGUUAUUAAACAGAUGGAUUGUCGAAAGUGUUCUCUGUAAACGCAUACCCCUGUUAUCAGCGCAUGCAAAUGGUUGUGUGGUCAUGGUUGUGUAUGGUCAUGUAUAUCUGUGUCAUUGCCAUUAUGGGAGCCUAUAGACAGUCCUAUCCAGUUUCUGUAGGUGAAACGAUGAACUAUGUGAGACAUUCAGAUGUUAUAAAAUGCAUAAAUAAAUAUCUACUUGUUUA